AUGUGGGCGCGGGCGGGGCGGCGCGUCCUCCGGGCCCCGCGGGGCGGGUGCCGGGGCUUCGCCUCCCCGGCCGGGUCUCCGGGGAAGGCCGGAGGCGGGGGUGUCUCCGCGGGGCGGGAGGCGGGGCGGGCGGCGCUGGAAACGGGGCGCAUCGCCCGCGAGGUGGUCGAGCACCUGGAGCGGCUGGCGCUGGUGGACUUCGGCGGCCCCGAGGCCGUGGCGCGGCUGGAGAGAGCCGUGGCCUUCGCCGACCGGCUCCGCGCCGUGGACACGGACGGGGUGCAGCCCCUGGAGUCGGUCCUGGAGGACAGAUGUCUUUACCUGAGAUCCGACAAUGUGGUAGAGGGCAACUGUGCUGAAGAACUACUACAGAACUCCCAUCGAGUUGUGGAGGAGUAUUUUGUGGCUCCCCCAGGUAAUAUCUCUUUGCCAAAGCUGGAUGAACAAGAGCCCUUCUCACAGAGCUGAAGAGCUAUUCUGGGAAGGGGUACACUGUGAAUACAUGGAAGCACGAUA